GUUCUGUUGAGGCCAUUAAACUGAGGAGGCCAUUCAUUCAUUUCGAUUGCAGAGUCCACUGUUUUGUUUCUGUGUGGGUUGAUGACCUCCAUUCCGGAUUGACCAAUUGCAUGAAAGUAGGUUACACUCGCACAUGCGCAGAGGCAGCAGAGUAUUUUGUUGAUAUCCUGCUUGGUAGUAUUCAUUUAGACUUUGGUAUUUCAAAACCAGAAUUUAUCCCCAUCGUAGGGGUUUUAUUUGCACUGGGCAGCACAGUUACCUAGAACGUUAUCUAUAUGAAGGGCUGAUGGAAGACACAAGGGAUUUGGCGGAACGCACCCCACGUUCAGAGCGCAAGCGGAGAGACUCCUUCGGGAUGUUUGAUGGCUAUGACAGCUGCAGCGAGGAGUCUACCAGCAGCUCCAGCUCAGAAGACAGCGAGGAUGAGGUGGUGCCUUCCAUCCCUGCAAGCCUGCCCAUCAUCAAGAACAAUGGCCAAGUCUACACUUACCCUGACGGCAAGGCUGGAAUGGCCACUUGCGAGAUGUGUGGGAUGGUUGGAGUGCGAGAUGCCUUUUACUCAAAAACCAAGCGCUUCUGCAGUGUGUCCUGUUCUCGGAGUUAUUCCUCAAAUUCCAAAAAGGCCAGCAUCUUGGCAAGACUCCAGGGCAAACCACCAACAAAAAAGGCGAAAGUCUUACAGAAACAGCCUCUUAUGGCAAAGUUGGCUGCUUACGCUCAGUACCAAGCAAGUCAGCAGAACCAGGCCAAAUCAAAAGCCGUGGUCCCUGCAGAGAGCUUUGACUGGGGUCGGUAUAUCUGUAGCAAUAACACAAUCGGAGCUCCAGUCAGCUGUUUCAAGCAUGCCCCUAUGGGGACAUGCUGGGGAGACGUAGAAGAAGGAGUGAGGAUUGAAGUGACCAACUCUGAUACCAACCUCUCCACUAAGGUGUACUGGAUAGCAGAAAUUAUCAAGCUAGCUGGGUUCAAGGCUCUGCUGCGGUACGAGGGCUUUGACAACGACACCAGCAAGGACUUCUGGUGUGACCUCUGCAUGCCUGAAGUGCACCCGGUGGGAUGGUGCGCCUCGAGCGGCAAACCCCUCGUACCUCCAAAAAGCAUACAGCAUAAGUACUCUAACUGGAAAGCCUUUCUUGUGAAGCGUCUCACUGGAGCUAAAACACUGCCACCCGACUUUAAUGCCAAGGUACACGAGAACUUGCAGUUCCCCUUUAAGAAGCUGAUGCGGGUUGAGGUGGUGGACAAGAACUACCUGUGCCGGACACGGGUGGCACUGGUGGAGCAGGUAAUCGGGGGUCGCCUCAGGCUGGUCUACGAGGAGAGCCAGGACGGGUCGGACGACUUUUGGUGCCACAUGUACAGCCCCCUCAUUCAUAAUAUAGGCUGGUCACGCAGCAUCGGACACCGCUUCAAACGAUCUGAUGUUUCAAAGAAAAUUGAGGGUCAAGCUGAUGCUCCCGCACUGUUCUUCCAGAAGGUGAAAGACGUGGACCAGACUGGGGAUUGGUUCAAAGAUGGGAUGAAAUUAGAAGCCAUUGACCCCCUCAACCUCUCAGCUAUAUGUGUAGCCACUGUAAGAAAGGUGUUGGCAGACGGGUACCUCAUGAUCGGGAUUGAUGGUUCGGAGGCAGUGGAUGGAUCAGACUGGUUCUGCUACCACGGCACCUCCCCGUCCAUCUACCCCGUCGGCUUCUGUGAAAUCAACAACAUUGAACUCACGCCCCCUAGAGGGUACACUAAACUGCCAUUUAAAUGGUUUGACUACCUCAGAGAAACAGGUUCAAUAGCUGCUCCUGUCAAGCUCUUUAACAAGGAGAUUCCCAAUCACGGCUUCCGUCAAGGCAUGAAGCUGGAGGCCGUUGAUCUGAUGGAGCCGCGGCUGGUGUGUGUUGCCACGGUGACGAGGAUUGUGCACCGGCUACUGAGGAUCCACUUUGACGGCUGGGAGGACGAGUACGACCAGUGGGUGGACUGCGAGUCACCUGACCUCUACCCCGUGGGCUGGUGUCAGCUGACGGGCUACCAGCUCCAACCCCCCGCCUCACAGAGUAACAGAGAAAUGCCUCAAUCUGUACCCAAGCAGAAGAAAAAGGCCCAGCAGUACAAAGGCCAAAAGAAAAAGAGGAAGCUUCCGGUUGGUCGACGGCCCUUCAGUCAGGCAGGCAGGAGACGGAGCAGCUUCUCCGGGGACGAAGAGCAGAGCCCGCCCCCUUACCCCGCCCAGGGGCCCUCCCGGCCCCGACCCCGACCCCGAACCCACCUCCACCAAACCCACAAAUCAGAGUCUCUCCUGCGGAUGAAGGAGGAGACACCAGAGGUGGAUGAGUUCACCUUCUCACAGGGCACCUCCGACCAGGAGAGCAACGGCUCGGGCAGCUACUACAUCAAACAGGAGCCCUGAUGUCGGGACGGAGAGGGACAAAAAGACACAAAAAGACACGCCUCUGGGGAAACAACCCCCCAGCAAGGAUCAGGAACACGGAGUCAAACUACUUCGAAUCACACUCAGACCAACGCCGCCGGCCUUCCAUGGAGUACAGUACAGGAGAUGUCGAGGUCAGCUUCAAGCUUCUGGAAAAAAAAAAAAAAAAGGUCCUGAAGUGAUCACUCCUCUGAACAGUUUCUGUAACCUUGUAGCCGUGUGUGCACGUAAUCACUCACAAAAACACCUGGGUCACACAUGUUUGGGUAUUCUCUUUUCGUACCACCCUCGGAUGGUGCGACAUCGUUCUCUCCUCUCCUGUCUGAAUCAUCCAAUCAGACGAGAGGUAUUCGGAUGGAUGGAAAACCACACCCUCUUCUCCACAGGAGUGGGAGUCCAGCCCUCCCUGCCUCUGCCAUGAUCUGGGCUAUACACAGAGACCUGUAGAAACUGUGAGAAACCAUCUGAGCCAGGUGUUUCCCUUCUUUUGUUGUUUUCAGGUGGGAGAGUCCGCCACUGACCGGCCUGAGGAGAGCCCCGAGGCUGGCAGGAAGAGGAACACAGUUGUGGAUAUUUUCAUUAUUUUCUUCUGAACAAUAUUGCCAGCUGGACUUAUACUUUGUUAAUAGUACUUGAAGUUUUUUUUUUUAUCUUUUUCUUUUUUUUUUUAUCUUUUUUUUCUUAUUUUGUAAUGAUUUUUGAGUUGUUUCUGUCUUAAUGUGCUUAUUUUGCAUUUUUUGUUUUUUGGUGGCUGUGUGGGGAACUUGAUGUGCGUUGUUUUCAUAAAGGUGAUUAUAUUCAUAUAGUAUGUGGAGACCUGUUCAAAUAGAACCACAGAGUAUACAUAUAGAGGACUGUGAUCUCAGUACAGUGCUGCUCAGCAUUACUCAUAUUGCUCUUAUUAUUUUUAAGUUUCAUAUUGUUUCUUCCGAUAUUUGCCAGACCAUUUCCACAGCAGCAGUCGUUCCUGAUUCACUCAUUACAGAACCCAAACUCUGACUCAAGACCGAGACCUUGUGAGGUUUCUAUUGUAGCACCAAUAAUGUUCUAGUAGAUUAGAAUGGACGUAGUGCAGCUUUGAAUAGUACUCCACCAUAACCAUUGAUUUAUUUAGUUACAGAACUCCUCUCCCACAAUCCUUUGGGCUGUACAUUUGUACUUCACUCAGCCUUUCCUUCACCGUCGGGCUGGUAACCCUGCCUGUAGAUGACUUUGGAUCACAUUAGCUCAGAGAGGCUUAAAUCGGUGCACACCAAUGAGGUCACCGGGUUGGGUGUGUUUGAUAGCUGUCGUGUGGAGUUCUUUGUAGGGACCUAAUCACAGUAAGCAGAACUCACACAGGACCGCUGACUCAUGAGCCCAUUCAAAGUCCUCACUGGUUCUGUAAUGUUGAACAGAAACGAUGAAGCUGUGGAGAUUAAAGCUUUUUACCAUUUAAAAAAAAAAAAAAAACAAACAUAAAAAUUCACUUAAUGAGAAACAAUUUGCCUCGUGUGACCGUAAGAGAGCUGCAGGGUAUGUUGUAUAACAGAGAAACCUUACUGGUAUGAUCGGGUACACUCUGACACGUUGUCACUGUCCAGCCCCAGAACAUGUUUCCACUUGCACCGUGUGGAUGCAUGUGUGACGACGCAGCGGACCGAUGUGGGCCUGUGUGUCCUCUGAACCGGGCUGCAGGUGCUCCUGUUGUGUUCAUGUCUGCUGUAUUUAAACCCAGAGGAGGACCGAGCUCAACGUUCCAUCCGGAAGUCCUCCUCACUGAUCUAGAGUCUGCCGUCACACUUAGACACUCAUUCAGUAAGAAGUUAUAGUCACUUAAUGCCUGUUAGAAAAGUAAAUAUGAAUAGUUUAUUUUUCUCUUUAGAAGAUAUGUAUUAACUACAGUGGGAAAGAAAGAAUGUUACAUUUCUACUUCCUUAUUCUGUCUGUAAAUUAUGAAUUGCAAAUUGCUUACAAGGCAGAUAUGAUUUUGAACCCACACAGAGGCUCUGUGUCUGUGGAUGGACUAUAUAAUAUUUAAGUAGCACACUGUUAUUCUGUUUGCUUAUCAUUUAAAGAUGUAUAAGCGAAGAAGUAAUCUUGAGAUUUAUUUUUUCUAUUAGUAAUGUAUUAAUUGAAUAUAAUUGAACACUGAAUAUGUGGCACAGUCGAGACUCCAUACGUCAGCAGCUGUAGCAUCAGUCCUUGGUUUCUGUGUGAACACAACAGGUUGGGCUCAUCAAGCAGUUUUGUUUUCCAAAUGCGAAAAGAAACGAAUAUGUUCAAUAUUUUAUUAGGGUAAUAUGCAAAGCUUUCAUGUUUUUUUUGUUUUUAUUAUUGCGUAGGUUGUUCUCAUGUCAGAGCCAUAUGUAUGCAAGCUAGUUUAUGAUUCACCUGAGCCACACAAUAACAGCUUUGUUGUUAAUAAUGAAACAUGAACAAUGCACUGCUUUUCCAAUAUCCUCUGAGGGCAGCGUUCACACAACACGACAGGUUCUAAGGGUGGCAGAAAUACACAGAUUCUAUAUAUAAAUAUAUAUUCUUCAGGACGAUGAUGGUAUUGACUUUCACAUCCUGAUGAGUCAUAGCUCCACCCUUGGCCGUGGGGAAGACUCCUUUCAUUCUCCUUGGAGCUAGAUCUUUGAGCUGUUUAUCUACUACCUCCUGAUGCUAGCCACGUUUAGCUACAACCACAGCGUGAAACCGACUAUGGCAGUGUGUUAGCAUAUGCAAAUGAAAGGGAUUUACAUAAAAAUGAUCCUCUUGAAGACUAGACACCAAACAUGGAAGAAUGGUAUCACAGCACACGAGCUAGUCUUCUAAUUAGAAUGAUAUGCAAUAAUAACAGAUCCCAUAUUUUGCUGUGUUAAAUAAAUCUUAUAGCACCCUCAAAUGUCAUGAUCACUACAUUAAUAUAAUUAACAGAUGAGAUGAUUUAACAGAAUGCUAUUGUAUAACUGUGAUACUCGGUGUACGGCUAAAGGCCGUACUGAAAUGCAGAGCAGAUUUCCACUUCUCAGUGACGGUAAAGAUCCAUCAUUUCUCUUUCUACCAGUAAGGUUCAUGAUUAGAUUCUCAGGAAGUUUGUUUCUUUUUCUUUUGGGAUGUAAGGGUCGUAACUACAAGUGUGAAUCAGCUGGGUUCCAUCAUGUUCAUCCCUGUGGAAGCCAAUGAGUGGCGCGGUAACGACUAACCUGUGAAUCAGUGAAGUAGCGCCUGUAGAGUGUGAUCACUCCGUUACAUCGUGCUUUGAGUACCACGCAGUUUACAGCCGCCCAACAUCAAAUCAGUUCUGUUUGGAAUGAACGUAAAACAAAAGUCAAAGACGAGAAUUCAAAUCACAGAAAUUCCACUGGGUGGUUUUCAGAGUAAAGUAAAUGAAUACUUUUCAUUAAUUGGUAUUUCAACAUGAAGUAUUCAGUAGUGGUUAAAGUUCACAGGUGAACUUCAGGUAUUUCAGGGUUCUAGUUAUCAGGGCCCUUAUUUGCUUCCACACUAUUCAAACAGAAGUGUUGCCUCACAAACCAUCCGAUGCAUUUCUGUCCACGUUCUGUAGCUUUUUAAUCUGCCUCCAUGUGAAGUUCUACAUUUAAGUCAUGACACAAUGUUUGUAGUUUGAUUUGCUUUUUCUUUUGUGGCUUCCUGCUUUCAGUUUGAAUUUGUUAACAGGAUGUGACAUUCGUUUUCUUCUAGUUUCCUUUCUUUGGAAAGUGUCUCCUGAUCAGAUUGGACAGAGAGUCCAGCUGAAACGCUAAGCUUCUCAGACCAAAUGAGCAAUAACAAGACAAUGUCUCACAAUCAUUUGAAGCAGAUUGGUUUCAGGUUCAGGAUCAGUCCCAGGAGGUUUUUGUUCCUGUGAUGUUGGAGGCAGAGCGAAGCAUUAAAGUACUUCACAACCAAACUGCAUUAAUAUCUUAGUACAAAAAAGGAAAGAAAAUGACUGUUCUAUUGACUAAUGCUGCUACCUUCCUCUAGAUUAACCCGAAAUACUUAAACGCACAAUCAACACUGUUUUGGAUCCUCUGUUUCUCACUCCUUGUAGAUAUUAAAACACUUUCUUGUUUCUUGAUCCCCAAAUCUAAAAAAAGAAAGGAACAAGUUUGACCUCCAUCCAUGGGUAGCUUUGUAGUAGAAGUGUUUGAGCGUCAGUAGCUGGAGACGGAGGCGGUGAUUGGGUGCACUGAUCAGCUGAGUGCAUGUAGAACAGAGCGCGUUGUGCCGAUGUCGUGCUGUCGAGCUUGUUUGUUUUUUCCGUUGUAACCGUCUUUGGUUGUUCUUCAGUCUGUCUGUGUUUCUUCCUCUUCAGUUGUGAUCAGAUAACGUGUGGCUGCCCAUGUCUGCCGAGAAAAGAAAUGAAAAGUGGGGCAUGGUGAUAACAAAAAACAUUCUAAAUCCAGAUUCAUAGUAAAAUGAUGAGAUACUAAUUUAAUACUCAGGAAACACUGGACUUUAUGAUUUGGACCAUUUCAUUUUUGACUUAUCUUAUGUUUGGCUCAGUGAAUCAAAAUUCUGACCCAGUAUCUCACAAUUUUGACUCAUAAUAUUGUAGUAUAUAAUGUUAACUAUCAUCAUUUUGGUGUCCAAAUGUUGAGGUAUCUCAUAAUUAAGGAACUACAUUUCGACUUCCUAUUUCAUAAUUCUUACUUCCCUUUCUUUGGCAGUAUUGGGCUUCCAUAGAGGACGCUGAUGUGGUUGCAGAGCUCUUCCUGUAUAUGGAUAUUUGUUGUGUUUUUUCUUGGAUACUAACACGGGUCUUUUGUAUGUGAUCCCCCCCCCCCCUUAUAUUAAACCAUUAUAUUGUGGUGCUAUAUAUAUAUAUUUGAUAAAAAUGACUUAAUGUAUUGGGAUUACUAUUGUCUGAAAAUAAUUGAGUUGAGAGGGUUAUUGUGCAAAAUUUAUUUUGGAUACAAAUAAAAAAAAAAAAUCUAUGUUAAUAAUUAUAAAUCUAUUGAUAUCAACACUGACCCCUGAGGUACAUUAUUAGAUUACAGUUUAAAGUUUGUACAUCUUUUUGAUAGUGUAUACCAUUUUCCUUUCAUAUGGUAAAUCUGUGCAGUGAUCGAGCUUUGAUAGACUUUGUAAAUAAAGCCAAAUGUUUGGAUCAUAAUCUUGGUUGUAAUGGACGGCUUCUUUGUUUACAAGCAUUGCAAACUGUUUCCGCAUGGCUGUGAAAGUUUAUCUGGUGAUUUUGUAAGAUCUGACUUUUACACUGAAUAAAAAGGCUUAUGACUUUGA